AUGCCCGCAAAACGUAAGAGGAGCGGGAUGCAACAAACACCGUCCCCAUCUACCGAGCCAGUACGUCGAAGAAGUGAUCGCAACCUGGAAAAGCUUUCUGCGGCCGAGGAUGCGGUGAAAGCCGACCCGACGGCAAGGCUCGGCGUCUUGAAUGAUGGAGCCGGGAACGGGGAGAGAAGACCGCGAGCACUGGGCAAGAACUCCCAUGAGAGCAGGAAGGACAUUGCACGCGCCGUGCGCAACCUGCAAGCCAUGGAAAGUGAGCUGCAGACGACAGUCCGAAACCAGCGCGAGGCUCUCAAGACGUCAGACCUGCCACCUGUACGCAAUGAUGGGACCGACACGAAAGCAGACGCGUCCAUGCCUCUUGAUUCCCCCUUGCCGCCGCGAUCGGGUAAAGAAGUCGUGAACGAGGGCGACGAUCGCUGCGCCAACUCUGUCGAGCAAGCACCCUUGGACGGCCACAAGGCUGAGCUGGCAAAGGGCGACAUAGCUGGCGAUACAAGGGACCCCGAGCCAGAUGAGGACGGGAUACAAAGGGGCGCGCGACGACCGCCCCCGGUCAAUACUAACUACGUAUUCUCCUUCUCCCAGGCAUGUCUCAACACUUAUUUGAGAGCUUCGAACCCCACGGUCUUCUCCUCCAGGACCUGUCGCAUGAGCUCAAUUGUUGAGCAUCGCCACCCGUUGCGAAACCCCGACGAGCCCGAGCAUGCGACAAAGAACCGACCUGACAAGGACCAGCCGGCAGAAAUUGAGAGGGGCCAAAAGUACCUGCAAGAGAUGGGCCUUGCCAACGCCAGGGACAUUGUCAAGAUGCUGCGGUGGAACGAGAAGUAUGGCAUCCGAUUCAUGCGACUCAGCAGCGAGAUGUUUCCCUUUGCGAGCCAUGCCGAGCACGGAUACUCGCUGGAACCCUUUGCGGCGGAAGCCCUCGCGGAAGCUGGCAAGGUUGCUGCGCAACUCGGCCAUCGAUUGACGACACACCCGGGCCAAUUCACGCAGCUUGGUAGUCCGAGGAAGGAAGUGAUCACGGCAGCGGUACGAGACCUGGAGUACCACGCAGAAAUGCUGUCCCUGCUCAAGCUGCCAGAGCAGCAGGACCGGGACGCGGUCAUGAUCCUGCACAUGGGCGGCACGUACGGAGAUAAGGCGGCCACGCUCGACCGCUUCCGCGAGAACUACAAAACGGUAUCGCAAAACGUCAAGAACAGACUGGUUCUGGAAAACGACGACGUCUCAUGGACGGUGCACGAUCUCCUGCCGAUUUGCGAGGAGCUCAACAUCCCCAUGGUACUAGAUUACCACCAUCACAACAUCCUCUUCGAUGACAGUGUGCGCGAGGGCACCCUCGACAUUAUCGGACUGUACGAUCGUAUCGCCAAGACGUGGUCGCGCAAAGACAUCCGGCAGAAGAUGCACUACAGCGAGCAGACGUCCUCCGCCAUCACCCCGCGCGAGCGACGCAAACACUCGGCGCGCGUGCGUACCCUGCCGCCCUGCCCCAACGACAUGGACCUCAUGAUCGAAGCCAAGGACAAGGAGCAAGCCGUCUUUGAAUUGAUGCGGACCUUUAAGCUGCCCGGCUGGUCCACGUUCAACGACAUUGUGCCUUUUGAGCGCGACGACGAACCCAGAAAGGCCAUAAUGAAGAAGAAGACUGGCAAGGCCAAGCCACGCAAGCGCCAAAAGGAGGAUGGGAAGGAUAAUGAUGACAAUGCAGCGACGCAACAGGAUGUCGCGAACGAGGACGAUGGUAUCGAGGUGCCAGAGAGGAAUGUGAACCCCGAGGACUUUGGGAUGGGCGGUCCCGACAAUCGUGUCUAUUGGCCUGAGGGCAUGGAAGAAUGGCUCAAGCCUAGGAAGCGCGAGGUCAAGAAGGGGAAGAAGACGGAGGAGGUGGAGGUUUGA